AUGAACGGAGUGUGGGUGGAAUACGACCCUGACAGUGAUCCCUACGAUCCCCGGACGGCGCCUCUGCUACCACCCAGACCGAUGCACAACCAGGCAGUGUUCAACAUGCGCUUUGACCCGCCCAAGGAGGACGAGCUUUUGGUUCACAGCAUGCUCAGCAGACUAGUGCAGUCCAAGGCUAUUGCUACAAGUGAAGUGCUGCUGUUGAUGCCGAUUUUGCAACACUUCCUGGACAUGACCAGUCCAGGCCGCCGUGGCAACGCACAAGCGCGCGCCGUCGACACCCUCCACGCAUAG